AUGUCAGAUCUGAAGUUGAAAGACUUGAAUCUUGUGGAAGCUUACUAUAAAUGGCAUAGCCUAUUGCAAAAGAUGUCACAAAACAAGUGUCAUGUUUGUGUUAAAUUGGAGGAGCACAUUAAGUUGGCAAAAGAGUCAAAGAGGCACAGUGAGGAAGUUAAUGCUUUGAAGUUUCAGAUGUCAGAUGAAGCACUUCAACAGAUGCCGCACUUUCAGGGAAGGAUAGAUGUUUUGAAAGAAAUUGAUUGUAUAGAUGCUGACCUUGUAGUUCAAAUCAAAGGCCGUAUAGAUGUUUUGAAAGAAAUUGAUUUUAUAGAUGCUGACCUUGUAGUUCAAAUCAAAGGCCGUGUUGCUUGUGAGAUGAACUCUGGGGAGGAGUUGAUAUGCACAGAGUGCUUGUUUGAGAAUCAACUGGAUGAUCUGGAACCUGAGGAAGCUGUGGCAAUAAUGUCGGCCUUUGUGUUUCAGCAGAAGAAAACUUCUGAACCCUCUCUUACUCCCAAGCUAUCUCAGGCUAAAAAGAGGUUGUACAACACAGCCACAAGACUUGGCGCGCUUCAAGCACUGUUCAAACUGCAGAUUGAUCCUGAGGAGUAUGCUCAAGAGAAUCUUAAGUUUGGGCUUGUCGAAGUGGUAUAUGAAUGGGCAAAGGGCACUCCAUUUGCUGAUAUUUGUGAGCUCACCGAUGUUCCUGAAGGCCUGAUAGUUCGGACCAUUGGCACUCCAUUUGCUGAUAUUUGUGAGCUCACCGAUGUUCCUGAAGGCCUGAUAGUUCGGACCAUUGUGAGGCUGGAUGAGACAUGCCGUGAAUUUAGAAAUGCUGCAGCAAUAAUGGGUAAUUCUGCACUGCACAAGAAAAUGGAAUCCGCUUCUAACGCGAUAAAGCGUGACAUUGUUUUUGCAGCUAGCUUAUACGUUACUGGCAUUUAA